AUGACCACUGGCUUGACCUCGAUUGAGCAACAUGCCGCCUCGGUGUAUACGAGAGAAGUCUUUACUGAUGUCAAGAAACAGAUAGUCCAAGCUGCAGCGUUGAUUCUUAUAUCCAAGAAAAGGUGCCUUAACACAAUGGUCUAUAUGGUUGAGGAGUACGAGCAGCCAGCUACGAGAAUCAAGGUUGCCUAUGGCAGGUCCACGGGCAAAAUUGACUGCCAAUGUAACUUUUGGAGGAAGAAUGGGUACCCCUGUAGACAUAUGUUCUUUGUGAUGAAGUCCGAACAUGUAACUACCAUCCCGGAUGCACUUGUGUUGCAGAGAUGGCGAUUAAACGCGAAGGCCAUAGAGAGUUACGUCGAGAGGUGGGGUGGCACCAGUGAGGCCGGGUUUUUGCUUCGACACGACGAGUUUUUGGGUGAAUAUGAAGAUGUCGCGACAUUAGAUGUGGAUGACAUAAAGCGGAUGCGGUGGGAUAGUGUUGACGCUGCUUAUGAGUUUUACAGGAGGCUGGGAAUGUGUCAUGGAUUCGGCGUCAGGAAGGGUGAUUCAGGCAAAGACUGUAGAGGAAAUCUGAUUAGAUAUAGGUUUUUUUGUAACAAGGAAGGGUUGAGGGAUGGGAGACACAACGACCGAGUUGAUAGACGGAGGGCACACAAACCUGAGACACGAACCAAUUGUGAGGCUAAGCUCUCCAUAUACUUUGAUAAGAUUGAGCGUUGUUGGAAGGUGCGAAAAGUUGCGACAGAACAUAAUCACGACUUGACGCCCGCAUCAAUGGUCCAUCUGAUAGCCAACCAUCGUGAAAUGACCGAUGCAGCAAAGGCUCAGAUUGAUGGGUUGCAUGCUAGUGGCAUUGCGACAUCGAAGAUUGUUGGAUACAUGGCCGGAAUGGCUGGUGGGUACUCGUUGUUGGGUUUCUUGAAGAAGGAUGUGUACAACUACGCCGACAGAACCCGGCGCGCUAACAUAUCAGAUGGCGAUGCGAAUGCGGCUGUUGUUUAUCUGGAGGGAAAGGCUGGUUCGGAUCCCAUGUCGGUUGCUAGAUAUAGUGUAACAAAAGACGCAAGGCUGGCAAAUUUAAUUUGGGCCGAUGGAGCUAGUAGAGUUGAUUAUCAACAUUUUGGAGAUGUGCUGGCCUUCGACUCGACAUAUAAGAAAAACAACUCUUUUAGAAGGUGGUUGUAUGUUGACAUGGAAAUAGAGGAGUUCGAGAUGGAAUGGGAGCGUGCGGUUGCUGAGUAUGACCUAUAUGACAAGGAGUGGGCCACCCAAAUGUAUGAGAGGAGGAUGAUGUGGGCAAAUGCAUAUCUGCAAGGCAAGUUUUGCGCCGGUUUCCGGACAACGUCUCGAUGUGAAGGGGUUAAUGCCUUUGUAAAAAAGUUCUCGAAGACAACGCACACUAUACUUGAGUUGGUUCAGAAUUUGGAAUUGGUGGUCCGGGAGUACCGAAACAAAGAUUACUACUCCACUUCAACUCAAUGA